AUGAUCCUAAAGAAUUUUAUCACAAUCAUCGAAACUGAAUUCUUUCCCGUUUUCAGCAGACUGUCAUUACGCACCAGAGCGGCUGCUCGUGGAUUCUUGAAGAGUGGAGUUGAUGCUGAAGUCAAGAAAAUCAUCAGCCUCUUCAGGACUCUGACAGGUUUCCAAAGUCUCAACGUCAUCUUCGCUAUCGUUGGCCUUAUCUUCGGCAUCCGUGCCAACGAGCUCUGCACCAGGGGAUAUCAACCGACAGAGGAGGAGAUCGCGGACGGCUACCCUGAUCCGUUCAGCAAGGAUCCUUUAGGUUCUGAGUGCCAAGAUGUGUAUCUCGUCAAGACUGGUUGUACGAUUUUCACAGUUUUUCUUCUCAUAUGCAUGGUUUGGCAAUUCCGAUAUCGGCUGGUCAUCUCGAAGUUGAAACAUAGCGCCCAGUCAAUGCACGCUCAAGGGGAGUCGAUUCGCUUCAACCGCGAGACAAGUGAUAGGGAAGAAAGAGUGACGACGAUGAACAGGCUUUUGAACUUCUGCGGUCUACAUUGGAGGCUCCUCAUAUCUUUCGUUUUUGAGUUUGUGGCAUGCAUGAUUCAUCCCAUUUCCGGGAUAUCAAGAGAUUACAGGAAUGAAAUGAUGGGGAGAGUGGUAUACUACAGGUUCGAAGCUGUUUGCGUCUCGGUUAUGUUCAUCCGGCUUUUUCAUUUCCUGCGUCUCCUCUCAUAUUGGCUACAGUAUUCGACGUACAAGAGGUACCUUACAGAAACGUGUGAGAACAAGGGGAUGGUUUUCCUCCUCUUGCACGAUCCCUCCAUCCACCCCGGCUUGUUCAUGUUCAAGGAGAACGCGGCGCAGAACCCUGAGCUAUACCUUACUUCGUUCCUUUUCGUUGCAAUCUUCUGUGGAGGCUACCUCAUUCGCAUUGCCGAGGUUGCUGCCAGCCUGGCUCAUGCAGCGUACGCAUGGAACAAUUUCUGGCUCGCCCUUCUUGCAAUGACUACCUCAUACUACGGCGACCUUGCUCCCAUCACGCAUUAUGGAAGGUUGAUUUGUGCCAUUCUGAUGAUGAUCGGGCCGCUUCUUCUUCUUUAUUGCAUUCAAUUCCCCUUGGGGUUCUUGGGGAAGACCGAGCAAGAGCAGCGGGUGAAGAAGAGAAUCGAUGCGGAGAUGAUGAAGACGGCUCUGAGGACAGCUGCGGCUCGAGUGCUUCAGUUUCGAUACAGGCAAGUGCACCUUCCAAUGUUUGCUGGGGGGAGGCGAAUUCUAACCCAAAAGCAGCUCAAUGAGCACCAGUCAGCACUGCUUUUGGACCUAAAGAAAGCAUCUAAUCUCAUGAUCGACCACCAGUGGAUAUUCCCUCACUCAGACACGAGGCACAAAAUGAAAGAGAAGGAACGAGAGAAGCAGGUCCAAACUAAGAAAUCAAGGGAGGAGAUGAGCUCUGUCGAGCAUCAAAGUCCCUUGUCAAGGUGCACGACGUGCAAGGACUGUCUGUCGAUCUUCCACGAGAUGAAAUUUCUAUUCCAAGACAUCAAAGAGGAAAACCGCGAGUCAGUCUCAGAGAUCAGGGCACAGAUGACGGAGUUGAGGAAUAUGAUGAUGGAAACGAGGGACAAGGAGACUGAUCUCCAUCCAAAGGUAUCGGAGGUUCAUGUGCAGGACAACACACAGUGGUUGGAGCGAAAAGCUUCUUCCUCUUCGUACAAGAGCACCCUUGAGAAGUUCGAGGCUCUUGUUCCUUCCUUCGAUAGCCUUGAAAAGCCAUCUCGCAAGAACGACAAGGAGCCAGUGACGAUAAGGAGGGAGGGAGUUGGGAUCACGCUGACUGGGUAUGAGAUCUCCGAAGAAGAAUGUGUCGCGAUUUUCAACCAGCUGGAUGCGUACAAGCAUGGACGCUUGACCAAGGAUCAGGUGGAGCAAGGAUUAAUUGCGAUCCCCGAACUGAAGAAGAGGCUUGGAGACAUCACAUGCAUGUUCACUGAUAAGAAUGGGGAUGGGAUCUCUGUCAAUGACUUCAUGGCCUUCUGUGGGCUUGCCAAGUUGUCGGACAAAAAGAAGGAGAAACGAACGUCCUCGGGUACUUCAGACUCGUCCUCCUCUGCUUUCCGCCUUCCCCAGCGACGCUCAGACGACGAGCGGAAGAGAGGGCAGCUAACGGAGAGGAGUCGAUCAAUGUCACAUGCCUUCUCCUCCAAGAACGACUCUCCCACCCUUACAGGCAGCAACUUGUUCCCGAGGCUGGACCUUCAGAGGGUCCGAUCCUCCGACCCGGCACAGGCCACUCCGCGCUCUCGUCCUGGAUCUCGACCCAUCGAGCCGACGCCGAGGUACUCCGACGGGACGAGAAGCAUUGCUGGGUUGCAGGAAAUCAACUACUCGGGGAAGAGACGAUCGGCGGAGGAUCGGACGUCUCCUACUUCCCCUAGGGGCAGAAGCGAUCCUCCGCUAAACUAUCGGCCGCUGCACACGUGGGAUGCCAAGGCAGCGUCGAUGGCUGAGAAAGACAAGACCUCCCAGAUCACUGGGAACUUGACGUACGUGGGGGAUGAGGUUGAGCAGAACGCGAUUCCUCCAAAGUUCAGCCUCCGAGAGGUCACGCCUGAGAUCAUCCAUAUGAGGAGGGACAAUUUCCACACCGGGCACGGCGGUAAAUUGACGCCGCGCACUCCAAGGAUGAGAGACGUGGAUGAGAAGCUGCUUCUGGACAGCGACUGA